AUGACGACGGUGAAAGUCGAACAAGGAAAAUUAAAAGGAGCUUGUAUUAGUGACUCGGAAAUAAGCUACGUCGCAUUUAAAGGUAUUCAAUAUGCAAGACCACCGCUUGGUACAUUAAGAUUCAAGGCUCCUGAACCGCCACAAAACUGGGAAGGUAUCCGAGAUGCGACGGUCCAUGGACCCGUGUGUCCUCAAUACAACGAGCGUUUACAACGACUAGAACCCGGCAGCGAAGACUGCCUCUAUCUGAAUGUGUUUACCAAAACACUCACUCCUCCACAACCUCUACCUGUCAUGGCGAUUUGCCAAAGCGGCGUGUGUCUCAAUGAAUGGUCAUACAAUAUAUACGCUCGAGAGAGGGCCUUUCAAUUAGGAAAAUUAUUAGGACUAGAAACUGAGGACCCAGAAGAGUUAUCAACGUUCUUGAAAAAAGCGCCGGUCUCAGACUUAGUCAAUAUCAAGUUACCGCCAAUAGAAACAAAACACAGAGACUUAACGGACAGUAUAUUAUUCGGUCCGGUUGUUGAAAAUGAGGAAACAGAUGUAGAACAUUUCAUAACCAAGCCGCCUCCGGAACUAGUAAAGUCAGGAUGUUUUGCGAAAGUUCCAAUAAUUUUAGGAUUUACUUCUGGAGAGGGAAUGGAGCUGGGGAAACAUUUUCCAGCAAAUUUGAAAUUUUUACUUAACACCGGCGCUGUGGUUCCCAGAGAACUGAAACUGAAACUCACCGAACAACAGCUACAAAAUGCGGAUAUUGAAAUUCGAAAAUAUUAUUUUAAAGAAAAACCAUUAACCGCCGACAUGCUCCAGGAGGUAGUGAACUUAGAAACAGACAGGUUGUUUGUGUAUAAUAUAAUAAGAUUUGCACGGUACCAUAGCUACUUCACGUCAUUUCCUGUUUAUGUAUACAAAUUUGCAGCGGAAACGGAGAGAAAUUACGUGAAAAGUUUCUACGAAAUGAAUUCCAUAUCGGGUAGCUGUCACGCCGACGAUUUGUAUUACCUGUUUCGCGUGACAUGUCUAAAUGUUCCUUUGCCAUCGAACUGUCGACAAAUUAUCAACAACUAUGUACAGAUGUGGUAUAAUUUUGCAGCGACUGGAAAUCCGACCUCGUCAAAUAUCAACGCCGUUUGGAAACCAUUCACAGAGUCACAAAGAAAUUUGUUAAUAAUAGACAGAGAAAUAAAAUGCGUCUCCAAUAUUGACAAUGAGAAUAUGAAGUUUUGGGAUAAUCUUUAUAAUGAAACAGAUCUCAAAGUGCAAUAG